CAGGAUGGAAGAGCAGUCACAAAAACACAAAGUCAACCCAAACGCAAGAUUCUUCAUUUCAGGAGCUGAUAAUGAGAAGAUCCAAAAGGAGUGGACCCUGGGACUUUAAAUCAGAAAAACCCUGCAUUUAUGAAUACAGAUUAGAAAAAAAGCAAGAGAAAAAAGAAAGUGUUCAGACAGUUUUAGUCACCCACAAAAAAAUCCUCACUGUAGAAAGAAGCCAUAAAAAUACUGAAUUUGGCCAAAACUUCAGCCCAAAGUCAGUCCUUAUUAAGCAACUGAUGGUUCCCAGAGAAGAAACACCACCAAAAUGUGAAAUACAAGGAAACCACUUCAAACAGAAUCCGUAUUUACUUAAUCAACCAAAAAUCAACACAGCAGAGAAACGCUAUAAAUGUAGUAUAUGUGAAAAAACCUUCAUUAACACUUCGUCCCUUCGCAAGCAUGAGAAAAACCAUAGUGGAGAGAAAUUAUUUAAAUGUAAAGAAUGUUCAAAAGCCUUUAACCAAAGUUCAGCUCUUAUUCAACAUCAAAUAACUCAUACUGGAGAGAAACCCUAUGUAUGUAAAGAAUGUGGGAAAGCUUUCACUCUUAGUACAUCCCUCUAUAAACACCUAAGAACCCAUACUGUGGAAAAAUCCUACAGAUGUAAAGAAUGCGGAAAAUCCUUCAGCAGAAGGUCCGGCCUUUUUAUACAUCAAAAAAUCCACGCUCGAGAAAAUCCUCAUAAAUAUAAUCCGGGGAGGAAGGCAUCUGGCCUUCCUGGGUGUCAGAGAAUUCACCUCAGAAAGAAGUCCUAUUUAUGCAACGAAUGUGGCAACACCUUCAAGUCUAGCUCAUCCCUUCGUUAUCACCAGAGGAUUCACACAGGAGAGAAACCUUUUAAGUGCAGCGAAUGUGGGCGAGCCUUCAGUCAGAGUGCGUCUCUUAUUCAGCAUGAAAGAAUUCACACUGGAGAAAAGCCCUAUCGAUGUAACGAAUGCGGGAAAGGUUUUACUUCCAUCUCCCGACUUAACAGACACCGAAUAAUUCACACUGGUGAGAAGUUUUAUAACUGUAACGAAUGUGGUAAAGCCUUGAGUUCCCACUCGACACUGAUCAUUCACGAAAGGAUUCACACUGGAGAGAAACCGUGUAAAUGCAAAGUGUGUGGGAAAGCCUUCCGGCAGAGUUCAGCUCUCAUUCAACACCAGAGAAUGCACACUGGAGAAAGACCCUACAAAUGCAACGAGUGUGGGAAAACAUUCCGGUGUAACUCCUCCCUUAGCAAUCAUCAGAGAAUUCACACAGGGGAGAAACCAUAUCGAUGUGAGGAAUGUGGGAUAUCUUUCGGCCAAAGUUCAGCUCUUAUUCAACAUCGCAGGAUUCAUACAGGAGAGAAGCCCUUUAAAUGUAACACGUGUGGGAAAACUUUCAGACAGAGCUCAUCACGGAUUGCCCAUCAGAGAAUUCAUACUGGAGAGAAGCCCUAUGAAUGUCAUACAUGUGGGAAACUUUUCAACCACAGGUCAUCUCUUACUAAUCAUUACAAAAUUCAUAUAGAAGAGAACCCCUAGAAAGUAGAUUUGCAUGUUUGCAAGCCUUAAACCAAAGCUCAUCAAAAUACAUGAGUGAAAAAACAAAUGUAAUAGAUAGGAAAAAUCUUCCUGUAACGUAGGCCUCAUCAGAUACCAGAUUCCAAGGGUGAUCCCGGACUAUGUAAUAGAUAAUGAGGAAAGUAGAAAGCAUGCGUGCCUGCAGGCACUUUUUAAAAUAACCUGAAGUGAAUUCACAACUGGAGACCCUUUGGGCAUUUGUAAAAUAAUUGCUUCCUUUCUACAGCAGUGUAUGCUAGAGGCCAUAUGUGACUGUCAGACAUCUGGGUGAGGGGAGGUGUACCAUGGAUUUCUCAUUAAAAAGACACUUCUAAAUCGGCAAUCCUUUUUUUUUUUUUAACAACACUCAAUAGCAUAUAAAAGAUGCUAUCAAAUUAUACACUUCUAGAGAAAAGGACGAAAUAAAAGAUUUAAAAAAGAACUAUAAACUACCUCUCAACUUUCUGGGGUUUGUCCUUUUCCUGAUCUGGUGUCAAAUUUUGUGCAUGGAUUUCAUUUAUAAAUAGAAAUAAAAGUCUGUUCUCUUCA